AUGGCAUCAGAAUAUGAACUCUUUGAACCGCCAAAUGAUGCCAUCUCAGCCGUUGUCUUCCAUCCUUCUAGACCCGAGACGCUGAUGGUCUCGUCAUGGGACAAGACUGUGGCAUUGUACGAUAUAAACAAGAACCAGCAGACAGGGAAAUAUCAGCAUGACGCAGCUGUGCUAGAUUGCUGCUUUGGCGAAGGAAUGGAGGCUUACAGUGGUGGUUUGGAUAGAACUGUCAGGAUGCAUGAUUUUGCCUCAGGGAAGGAUAUUGUGUUAGGAUCGCAUGAUGAUGCUGUACGUGCUAUGGCAUUCAGCACAGCUAACAAUUUUUUGGUGACAGGAUCAUGGGAUAGGACCAUCGGAACAUGGGACCACCGCGCUGGUGGCGUGGAGCAUGGGCACAACUUGGGCAAAUACAAUCAACCAGAGAAGAUUUUCUCAUUGGAUGUCUGUGAUCAAAAGCUGGUGGUUGCUAUGGCAGGGCGAUUGGUAUUCAUUUAUGAUUUACGCAAUAUGAAGGAAACACUACAGCGUCGGGAAAGCUCAUUAAAAUAUCAGACUCGGAUGGUUCGAUGCAUGCGUGAUGGCCUUGGAUAUGCAUCCUCAUCAAUUGAAGGCAGAGUCGCGGUCGAGUUUUUUGAUCCUAGCGCGGAGAGUCAAGCCAAGAAGUAUGCGUUCAAGUGUCACCGAAAGGUCAUUGACGGAGUUGAGACAAUCUAUCCAGUCAAUGCAUUAGCCUAUCACCCAAUUCAUGGAACGUUCGCAUCGGGUGGAUCGGAUGGUGGUGUAACGCUAUGGGAUGGGUUUAAUAAGAAGCGAUUGAAGCAAUACACACCGUAUCCGACAUCGAUAUCUUCUCUGUCAUGGUCAUGCGAUGGCAAAACUCUUGCUAUCGCUAGUUCAUACACUUUUGACGAGGGUGAGAAGGACCAUGCGCCAGAUCAAGUUUUUUUACGCUCAAUAUCAGAUCAAGAGGCUAGACCAAAGAUCUUACCGCCAUCAUCAGCCUCAUCUGCAGCAGUGGCGGGGUUCGGCAAAUGA